AUGGCAGACACCACAGGCUCAGGUGUAAAGGUCCCUGGAAAUUUCCAACUGUUGGAAGAGCUGGAAGAAGGCCAGAAAGUAGUAGGUGACAGCACAAUUAUCUGGGAUCUAGAGGAUGAUGAGGACAUGAUACUUACUAGAUGGACAGGGAUGAUAAUUGGGCCUCGAAGGGUGGAUCCAAGGGCCACGGCAGUGCUGGCAAAAUGGCAGAAAUUCCAUAGCAUCAAAGUCAUCCUGCAGGAGCUUCGGCGCUUGAUGAUGGCCAAAGAGAACCUGAAGCUGCCACAGCCAACAGAAGGACAGUGUUACAGCAAUUAGUCACCAAGGGCCCAGCCUCCCCUCCCCAAUCCAACCUAAGU